GGAUCCGUUCAAGAGGAUUUCUGGAGUCUGGUGAUGAAGGUGUGAUGAAGGGCUUCUGUUUUGUGCAUGCAACAGUCUUGGUCCGUUGUACUGAACUUGUUUCUAAUUAAUUAUUCAAUAUAAGUACGCCAAUAAUACAACGAAUCACUAACAGUAUGCAUGCAACUGCAUCUAUUUCAUGUUCACAUGGUUAACGUUGUAAUUACCAAACGAUUUGCAUGUGGAACUCAUGAGGUCGACAGUCUGUAGACCGCUGAACCAAGUCGGAACCAAUUGAUGCAUGGGGUUUUCGGAAGACGUUCAGUGCAGCGGAAGUUUAGACGGUUGCUCGGGGUGAACGGAUUGAGCACUGACAGCAUCGCACAAAUCACCAAACAAUUUUCUCCCCUAAACUAACCCAGUUUCCCCUUCCCUGACCCAUGGCUUCUAAUUCCAACAUAGACAUUGAGGGUGCUACCCAGCAUCUUCGGGACAUCCUCAAACUUGACCGCCCAGUGAUCAGCGCCGAUGUUGCAUCGGUUGACGGCCCAAGAAAGACAUCUUUCAAUGGGGAUCUGAAUGGACUGCUGGGAGCAGCAUGUCUUCUAGGAAGUGGAGACCGGUCAACCAUGGAUGACAAUAUUGGACCCUGUGCAGCUGACGGCAACAAUGCUCGAGAGACUCAGAUAAUCUGCCUGUCUGGUGAUGAUGGGUCCACUUGCAUCUCAUUUGUCUCCAACAAUGUGGAGAUUGUGGCUAGCCGAGAUUCUAGCAUCGACAGCAAGGCUCGGGGAAGCAACAAGGUGAAGAUCCAGCCAGUUGCCAAAUACGAUUGGGAGCACAAGUAUUUCUAUGGAAACCUGAUCGCUGUCUCAAACUCCUUUCUGGCGUAUGCCAUCAGAGGAGCCAACAACCAUGCAAUGAUCCGCGUGCUGAGCCUGGGAUCCAGCGAUCGCUCCCUGCUUAAAGGCUUCACCGGGGCUGUGACGGACCUGGGGUUCGCCCACCUCGACUCCCCUCUCCUAGGCUGUGUGGAUGAGGCUGGCAACCUCGUGAUCUGGCAGCUCACCUGCACCAGCGGCAAAAUACUUGAUCAAGUGGUGGUCCACAUUAGGAGGCCAGACGACACCCCCCUUAACUCCCACCGUCGCCUCAUCUGGUGCCCCUUCAUCCUGGAGGACAACGAGGAGAACCAGGAGGACACCAACCAGACACUGGCCCUUCUACACGAAGACAGGGCUGAGGUGUGGGACCUCGAUGUGUUGCGUGCCAACAACGCCAGCUGGCCUGUGGACGACUCGGAACUAAAGGAUGGCCUCAUCGUUGUCAAGGGACACACUGAGCGCGUCAGCGAAGGGGCCCUGUCCCCUGACGGUACUGUGCUGGCCACAGCCAGCCACGACGGCUAUGUCAAGUUCUGGCAGAUCUACAUAGAGGGUGGGCAAAACCAACCCAGGAACUCCAUGUCCCACAGGUGUCUCCACGAGUGGCUGCCUCACAGCGGCCGGCCCGUCUCCUGCCUGCUCUUCUGCGACAACCACAAGAAGCAGGACCCGGAUGUACCGUUUUGGCGGUUCCUGAUAACGGGCGCGGAUCAGAACCAGGAGCUGAAGAUGUGGUGCACGGUGUCCUGGACCUGCUUACAGACCAUUAGGUUUUCCCCUGACCCGUUUAACUCCACGGUUAUGCCAAGCCUGAAAGCCAGUCUGGACCUGUCGGCCAGUUUUCUCAUUCUCACAGACGUUCAGAGGAAGGUGCUGUAUGUGAUGGAGCUCCACCAGGACCAGGAGAAGGGCCGGGCCAGCUUCACGGCCGUGUCAGAGUUCCUGCUCACUCACCCCGUGCUGAGCUUCGGGGUGCAUGACGUCACACCGAGCCGGCAGAGACACACCGAGGUCCUCCCGGCAGAGGAGGAGAGCGAGAGCAUGACCACUGAGGGUAACCAGGGAACCACAGAAUCCAAGUCUGGGAUUCAGAUAAAGCUCUUUUGUGUUCACACCAAGUCUUUACAGGACGUCCAGAUCUGGUUCCAACCAAGGAUGGGUUCUAACCCAGCCCUCUUCUUGCCCCAUUCUGAAUCCAACGAUGGUUUUGGAUCCUCAGACCACUUGACUGACCAGAGCUCAGACAAGGACUCGAGCAGUGGCUCAGAAAGUGACCUGAGGAAGAUUCAAUCGCUCCCGGCUCCCACCGACUUCCUGUCCAUGUCAGAUGCAGCUAACGUGGCCAUGCCCAAGUUAAUGACCCCUGAUGCCUUCAUGACCCCCAGCACUUCGGUCCCGGCCUCGCCUGGGAGCAGUGCUAGCAGCCUCACUAUUGUGACUGCCAUCAGCAGCAACUCAGACUCUACAAGCAGAGCUCUAGACGAUGUGGGUCAGAGCCCCAUUAGAACGGAGAACAACAACAACACCAGCAGCAGCCUGGCCCUUUCCACCUCCACUGGAAGCCCAAGGGCUUCCUCCAUCCUGCUCCCUGGACUGGAGAGCCUGCCGAUCCUGGCGGGCGUCAGCGGGCCCCUCUCUCUGGACGGGGCCCAGGUCCUCGACGCCCACCUCCUGCCCCACCAGGCCUCUCCGACCAGAGCCCGUUCCCCCGACGUCAUCUCCUCGGCCUCCACCGCCAUGUCCCAGGACAUGCCCGAAAUCGCCUCCCAGACCCUGCCCCUUCAGCGCGGCCUGGUCUCCAUCCCAGAGCCCCUGCCCAUGGCCGACAGCAUGGCCUCCGCUGCCAACGCGCUGCACCUCCUGACCUCGCCCCGCGGACCCAGCAUCAACAGCCUGUUGCCGCUGGAGCGCGGCGGCGGAGCAGCCUCUGUGGGCGGGGCCGUAGAGGGGGAAACCCUUCUCAGCAUCACCCCCUCUCUGCUGGAGAACGCCUUGUCCCAAGAGAAUGCGGGGGCGGGCGGCGGCUCGUCAGACGGCAGUGUGAGUCACACACCCUGGCCCGCAGCCCCUGAUAUCACCCGGGAAACCAGGAACAACCUGAGGGACAACGGACUGGGCGACUGUUCCAGAGAAGAGCUGAAGGACCGGCACAUGAACUCCCCCUACCAUAGACGCCCCUAUCAGCUGACACAGAAUGACAGCCAGGACGCCAGUGCUGAGCAGAGUGACCAUGACGACGAGGUGGCCAGCCUGGCCUCCUCCUCGGGGAACUGCGGCGGCGCUCGCUCGUCCCACAGGCUCCCCGCGAAGGAGUGGAAGACCUCCCCGCGGGGCUCCCCCAAACUCAAGAGGAAGAUCAAGAAGGAUGAAGGGGAGUCUUGCCAGUCCAGGCCGGUCAAGAUGGACCCUGGUCAGAUGAAUGCCGAGCUGCAGGAGGAGUUGCUGCUUCUGCUGCGUAGCCAACAGAGGGAGAUAGCGGACCUGCGUGGACACAUGGACAACAUGCAGAGCUCCGUCACUGCCCACGUGGAGCACGUCAUGGCCGUUCACCAAGAACAAGAGCAACGCAGGCUGGAUCGCAUGCUGGCAGAGAGCCAGGGCCGCCAGGAGCAGCUCAACCAGCAGCUCAGCCACGCCCUCAGCUCCUCCCUGACCAAUAGAAUGGACCGGGUGCUGAGGGAGGAGAUGAAGAAGACCGUCCCGCCGACCAUCUCCAAGAGUCUGGAGCCUGUGACAAGCCAGCUGAGCAGCACUGUGGCUGCCAAGCUGAGUGCCGUGGAGGCCACCUUGAAAGAAAACCUCAUCAAGGUGGUCAAGUCAAAGAACACAACAGACGCGAUUGGACGGGCAGCGACUGAAGCACUGCAGGGCACCAUCCAGACGGCCUAUAAAGAAGCCUUCCAGACGAUUGUGUUGCCUGUGUUCGACAGGGGCUGUCAGUCAAUGUUCCAACAGAUCAACGAAAGCUUCAAACAGGGGACCCAAGAGUACAUCCAACAGUUAGAAGCUCAUCUUAAGAGCAGGAAACAGAGAGAGCAGGAGGUACGAGACCCAGUGAUUGGCCAGCUCCAGCAAAUGAUUGAGAAUAUCCAGAGCAACAACGACCAGCUGGCCAAUAACGUCACAGCCAGUGUCCGGACAGAGGUCCAGCACCAACUCCAGAUGAUGGUAGCAAAUCUGCAGGAGUCCCUGCUGACCCAGGUGCAGCGGAUCGUUAAAGGGGAGGUGAGCCAGGCCAUGAAGGAGCAGCAGGCGGUGGUCACCUCCAGCAUCAUGCAGGCCAUGCGGUCCGCGGCCAGCACGCCCGUCCCCACGGCGCACCUGGACUACCAGACGCAGCAGGGCAACAUACUGCAGCUCCUGCAGCAGGGCCAGCUCAACCAGGCCUUCCAGCAGGCUCUGUCGGCGACGGAUCUGAACCUGGUGCUCUACGUGUGCGAGACCAUAGACUCCCAGCAGGUGUUUGGACAGCACCCCUGUCCCCUCAGCCAGCCUGUGCUGCUUUCGCUGAUCCAACAGCUCUCCUCUAACUUAACAACACGCUCCGAGCUCAAGAUCAGCUACCUGGAGGAUGCGGUAAUGAACCUGGACCGCGGGGACCCUCUGACCAGGGACCACAUGUCGGCUGUGUUAGCCCAGGUCCUACCCAAGCUGUACGCCUUCCUGCAGCACGACCCCCACAGCCCGCACAGCAAGAGGGCGCGGCGCCUCCAGAUGAUGCUGCAGGGCCUGGUCAACCACUAGCGUCCCGGAUCAGGGGGGAGCCUCGGGGGCGGGGGGGGGGCGAUCAGACGGCUCCGUUUCCUCUGCUGUCUCUGUUGACACUAAGGAAGAAGAAGACAAGACUGGGAUCUUUCAAGUUUUCAGGGCGCGUUCACGGCCCUUGCCCACCAGUUUUCCCGCCCGUUGAGCCAGGUUAGCACUGGAAGGAUGUGUUGGAGGAAGUCGUUCCUUCCGUCGCUCUAAUUCGUCUCUCUCUCCCCAAGCCAGUCCACCCCCACAGAACUAUCCCCAGUUACUUUAACUUUUAAUGUUCCUCUUUUCUGUAUAAUCAAGCAGAUUGUGACAGGGAAAGAUUUAUUUCCGCUGAUUUCUGUUCUCACGGUAUCAAAGGGGUUUGUUGUUGAUCGUCCCUGCAUGUUACUUCCACUUAGUAUCUGCAAGACACUUUGAUAUGCAUCCUUUACUACCCGUUUCUGCCUGAAAAACCAGACUGAUGAAAAAAAAAAAUCAAAGGUAGCCUCCCUUGUUUCUAUAAAGUUAGGGCCUUAAGCUCUUUGCGUCGAUGAGAAGUUUUUGGUGGGUACUAGCUGGUGGCACAGUUUGUCCAUGCUCCUUCCCAUGUCAUGGAUGUGUAUGGUAGAACGCCGAUAUAACGAUAUAAUUAUCCUCAGUUUUGUCCAUACAGUUGUUUAUCAACAGUCGAUCAACAAAUGUGUCACACCUUAGAUCACUUUUUUUUUUAUCUAGAGAAAACGAUCCUGACUGCUGUGUGGAAUCGUCUUAUUGGUCGGUGCGCUUACAUUUUCCAGCAGCAGCUUGAGAUCAGUCAUUUGGUAAUUCAUAUUAGAAAGUAAGAAAACGGCUGUUGGCAACAGAUAAGAUCGCAACACCAGGAUAAAAAAAUAUUCAUUUUGAUGUUGGUUUUAUUAAUUGCCACAUGCUCUUUAACAGCUUUUCGAAGCCAGAUGUUUAUUUUUUUAUUUGUGAAAGGGCCCCUCAUUUCCAUAUUUUUUUUCCCUGGUAAUUUAAAUGACUCCCUUCAGCUAGUCUUUAAUUGGAAAGGCAUCACACUGUGAUUGGUGAUAUGCUCUUAGGGACAUCAUUGAAAAUUACUUGCAACUUCUGUUGGAGUUAUGAAAGUAAUACAUUUUCAAAAGGGCUGGCGUCCAAAUGUACAGAAUACCCAUUUGGCGAUUCCCCUCGUUACCCGUCUACUUUGUCUCAUUUUGAACGCCUUUUUAUAUAUCUGUAGUCUGAACACCUGUAUGCUUGCAUAUAGAAAAUGUCCUAGUCAUUAUUGCUUGGAAGAUGCUUGCCAUAUUACUUUUCGAUCCUCGUUUUCUUUUGGUUUUACCCAGCAAUGUUCAUAGACCCGUACGUACAAAUCCUUCAUCUGGGCUCUAGAGGGCAGCACUUGGCCUGAAGACACUUCCAUUCUGCAGGCCAUGGGUCUUCAGCAUCCAUCAAGCAUUUAGAACUCCUUUUUUGUGGUGUCGACAGUUCUCGAGAAAUGACAUGUAGCCUGGAUACACCUAUCAUCGUUGCUGGGUCGUUAGUAUGGUUUGCAGAUUGUAAAGUACUCAACAGAUGCAUUACAUGGGCGCUCUGUUUGGAAAGCUUGGUUGAGUUUGUCAAGUGCCUUACUGUACUACUCGAGAUGGUCUGAACGUGUACACAUUUGGACUUUUUCAGACCCAGAUAGCGCUGCAGUGGAUUAGACGUUGGUAGGGUCGUUACCUUGUAGUGGCGUCAGGUGGUGGGGAAAGAACAGCCUCUGAUGGCAUGAAGUGGGGAACGUAUGCAUGCAUGUAUGCAUGUCUCCUGGGAGCCGCGCAGGCAAUUGCACCAUAUUUGCUAACUUUUCAAUUUCAACGUUUCUAGAAAGAUUGUCUAUUUCAGAUUGGCUCAAAGUUCGGAUUAGUUUACCUCUGUAUAUAUAUUUGAGUUUUGGAGAGAUUCUACUGUCUUGGUUGAAGGCCUAUACCGUUGUGGCCUGUUUUCAAACAGAUUAUGGUAUGUCUGCCUGUGUGUUCAACCCUUUGGUCCCUGACUCCCUGGUACGCCAUGAGUCCUGUCGUUGUUAGCUGAGGAUUGGUGUUGCUUUACCUCCCCAAUGAGCGGCAUGUUGUGCCCAGGUGUUCCAGCAGGCGUUCUAUAUCUGUGGAGUGAAGGUGGUUUAAUGACCCUGGCCCCUGCGUGGGGGAGCCUCAUGCUGCAUCUCCUCCAGUAAAAUCCAUCAUUUGUUUUAUUUUCUUACAAAGGUUGUGAAUUGGAAGGACAUAAUAAAGGUGUCCAUGGUCAAGCAGUCCUCUAACGAUCCAUCUUUUAUUGUACCAAAUUAGAAAAUAUUUCAUGGUCUGUUAUGUCCUCGAGCCAGUGUCUCCAGGUUUCCAUCUGCCCUCUGUGUUCGAGGAGAGGAGGAGUGCAGGUAUAGCUCAGUUUAUACACGGUUUGAGUUCUGUAUUCUCUGCUACUGGACUACAGAAAACAACUGAAAAUCAUUCGUUUUCAGAUGAAGAAACCAGAGUUUCAGCUAGAAAGCUUUGCACAUAACGCUACACUAUAUUUUCCUCGAUUAGUUUGAUGAUAAAGAAAUUGUUAAAUAUCCGUUUUUUUUCGGUGUAUGACAGACUUGUUUAUUCCCCAAAUGCUUGGUGGAUUAUGUUGUAAAUUUUAGUUACUUUUACCCUAUACGUUUUUUGAAAUAAUAAAAACAUGUUCAAUUUC